AUGAAAAAAUUUAUUUUAAAGCAGAGAAGAGAAUAUGAUAAAAAAAAACAAAUCGUAGAAUCAGGCUAAUUAACUUAAAGGGGCAUGGCCAAAUAUCUCAAACCAAAUAGGUUGAAAUGGUAAAAAAAUGAAUUAAGACUUUGUAAUACAAUAAUAGAGACAAAAUUAAAAAUUGCUGAUUUAAUAUUGAAUACAAAAGGAGGAUAAUCUAGAAAGGAUACAUUAAUAGAAAGGAUCUAAACUCAGAUUGAAAGCCCUAGAUAAAUUUUCAGCUAGAAAAAAAUUAAGAGUGAACAUAAUGUAUAACAAUUCAUAGAUAGAAUAAAGUCUUAAUCUAUCCCUUUUAAAUUAAGAUCAGAUGCUUAAUCUCCCUCGAAAAUUAAUCAAUCUCAAAAAAUAAUCUAAAAUGUUAAAACUAUAUGUAAAACAGAAUGA